GAGUGGAGCCAGCUGCCAGUCAACGCGCAGCGUCGCACAAUGCAGCACCAAAGCUCUGUGAGACUACCCUCCGCAUAAGAAAAUUUAUUGGGAAAAUAUGAGCAAAAAGGACAUGAUAUGCCGGCCAGUCUCUUUAAAAUUCACAAUCGAUAAUAUUCUUAAAAAAGAUGUUUGCUCAAAAACGCAGCCUCCAUUGGACAGCGCGUAUCCAUCCAGAAAGGACAGGAGGCAUCAGUCAGCGCACAGAACAUCAGACGAAUCAGUGCGGACGGUCAUCGCAUGUGUUGUCAACUCUCAGAUCGAUGCACAUGAUGCUCAAAGAGUGAUUGGCAUGUGUCCAAAAACGGAAAGAAUGAGCAGCAGUAUGGAAGAAAACGAAGAACAGAGAAGCACCAAGAAUCCUAAACCAAUAACAAAGAAGAAAACGCGUACGAUUUUCUCCAAGAGACAAAUUUUCCAACUGGAAUCUACGUUUGACAUGAAAAAAUACCUCAGCACCGCCGAGCGAGCUUGCCUUGCCAACUCUCUUCAACUCACAGAGACGCAAGUGAAAAUAUGGUUUCAGAAUCGUCGGAAUAAAUUAAAGCGGCAGUUAUCUACGGACUGUGACAGAUCCUGCUCACCGGAACACGUAUCAACCGAUGCUCUAAAGAAAAUGCAGAUACCCAGUUUGUACAGUGAAAAUGUUGCUAUAUGGAGAGGAUGCUUAUUGCCUGUGCCUUUCCCUGUGAUGCAGAAUGGAAACACUUCCCCAUAUUUGUACUUUUCCAAUGCAAAUAACUAUUUUAGUAUUGUCGAUGGAGAUAUGUAAGUUCUCGAAGCCUUCUGGGUCACAGAACGCUUUACAUCAUUUCGCUUUUGAAAUCACAUUAACGAAAUAAAAAUAAUAAUAAAAAAAAGAGGACACGUGAUUUGAACCCCUUCUGAUGACACUACCAAAUAGUCAAAGCUAACUGUGGGAUUCUACGUUUGAAAUGUGUGUCACUUUGUCACAAAAUAAGUGCAACAAUUUUAUUUGUGGAAUAAAAGGCUAAUAAUAACAAUGCUACUAGUAAUAGUAAAAACAAUAGUAAUAAUAAUGACUAUUAGGCAUAUGUGUUAAAUGAAUGAAAUGUAAAUGAAAUUGAGGAUGUCAAACUUGUGAUUUUUAAAUUAAUUGCUCUACCGUUCUUCAUUGAUAUUUUUUUUAUCAAAGCAAAGAUUUGAUGCACUACACUGCUCUAUCAGAUAAACCAAUGAGGUUUAAUUGAAAGGUUAUAAGCAAGUAGACCUAAUGGGUAGGUAUGCUAUUACGAAUUAGCCUGCAUUUGAUAUAAUAAGGUCGUUUUUUUGUUUUUGUUUUUUGUUUUGUGGACUGUAGGCUUCAGUAUCCUAUUCAGUAAUUUUUGCAUGUCAGUCUUACACUGUCAUAGAUAUCGUGUGCGCUUUGCCAGAAUUCAUUAAAUAAAAAGUACAUUUGGCUUUUUCAUUCAAACGCAACUGGAUUGCCCAAACGACCAAAACUUUUUUUUUUUCAAUAAUAUCUCGAUGUAACAAAAGAGGCGUUCAUACAACGGUAUAAGGUGAAAUAUAUAUAUAUAAUUUCAAUUAUAUGUAAUAUUUUUUUAUUAUUAUAUAAUUAUAUAUACAUGCAAGAAAUUGUGUUUGUAUGAUGGGGAUGUGAAUAUUUAUGCAAUUAAUUAACAUUUAAGAUUUUUUUCCCCCAAGGGCUAUUCUUCUAAACAUGCUUCCAGCGCUCUUUUCGGGUCACUUGCCUCCUUUGCCUCCUUUCUGUCAUAUAUUCAAGGUCCUGCCACUGUUAACCUGUGCAUCCAUUCAACCACUGCGGAAAGCAUUUACUUGAUUUGAUAAUACGCCAUAUUCUCCUGUCAAGACAUCUGGAGCAUAUUUGUCUCGUAAAGGAAACAGACAUAUACAAAAAACACAUAUAGGAAAAGACGGGUUAAGAAAACUGGUCGAGCAACUAAAGAGGGAUUCAAUGCGAUGGGUCUGUGGCAUGUUUUCCUAGAUGCAGCAUUUGUCCUACUGAUAGUUUAUUGACAUCCCAAUGUUGUUUUUUUUUUUUUUUUUUUUUUUUUUUUUUUUUUGCUUCUUGUUCUUUCAAAUAAUUCAGAUUGUUGAGCAUAAUAAGCUCCUCUUCCGGAAACGUUUUGCGGUUUGCCUUUAAGCCUGUUUCUGUCAUCUUUUGACUGUUUUCGCUUUAAAGAUUUAUGUCGCACGACAAAACAUUUGGUUGUCAGUAUUUCUCCACCCGAAUUAUACAAAUACCAAAUAAUACAUAAUUUGCAAAACACUGUUUAGCUAUUUACUGCAGUGAUGAAAACACUGUGGAUUGAUAUAAACUAAUAUAAUAUGACUCUUUGCGAAAGCAAUUCUCAGAGGUAGCUUAUACGUAUCUGUACUGUAGAUCCACAACCAAAAUUUGAUCGGAUAAUAUAUUUUGUGAAUUCAUCUUCACAGAAUUAAAAACGAGAAGCUUUGAAGCGGUGUAAUUAUGGCACACAUUUACAUAUUCCCCGUUAUCAUUUUGCGCGCGUUGCAAUUAAAAGCUCUUUAGGUUGAGUGGCAAAAUGAGUGCAGUGCUGUACACAUGAAGUAUCACACAUAAUUCACACAACAUGCUAUUCAAAUAAUGCUGUUAUUUGUAAAAAAAAUAAAAUAAACUAAAAUAAAAAUAAAAAAGUGCCCAGAUCAAGUCUUCUAAAUUGGUCUGGAAACCCACUUAAACAAGUCAGACGAGAUCUUUGAGUAACACUAUAUAAUUAUCAUUAAUAAUAAUAAGAACAACAAUAUUAAACUAUCUAUACAAUUAUUAAUAUAGCCUGCUUUAAUUAUAUUAUACGUAGACCUACUUGAACCAGUGAUCUGUUAAUAAUUGUAUAUUAUUUGUUAAUUACUAAAGUUAUUGUUAUGUGUUAGUGAUAUUAAUGAAACACAAUUGGUUGUCCAUUCAGCCUUAGAGGUAGUAAUUUACAUCUGAAUAAUUGGAGAUAUAUUUUAUAUAUGUUGUACUUCUCUCAGACUCACAUUGUGUGGGUAAAUGCUGUACAUAUGUGUUGAUAACGCUUUUAAAUAUACAUGUGGGAAGCAUUUGUCAUGUAUAAGUUAAAUGUUAAUGGAUAAUUUAUAUGCAUUAUAUAUAGUAUAAAUUAAUAAAAUAAUGUAAUAAAAUUAUUUAUAAUUCAAAAAUCAUAUACAAACUUACAAUCACAGGUUACAGUUGAAAAUUAUUUAUUAUUAGUAAGUAAUAUUGUGCAUUUGGCAUCUGACAAGUCUGACGUUUAACUACUUGUUAACCAGAAAAAGAAAAAAAAAUAGAUGCUUACCAAUGGUGAAGAAAUGAUUAGUGGUUAAUUUUACAAUUUAGAAAUCAUAAGUAAAUGAGUAAUAACAUUUUUGCAUAUACAUUAAUGUUUAUAAUUAUGUAUCUGUACAUACACUGAUCAUUAAUGAAUGUUAAUGACCAGUUUAAGGACAUUUACUAAUGAAGAUUUGACAUACUAAAAAUGUUAAUGCUAAUUAACCUUUAUUAGUCUGAUAGUCUUGCCUUGACUCAUAACUUGGGGGAUAAGUUUUAAAUAACCAAAUGAAAGUCUCACCCAAAGCUUUCCAAAUAGUCUUGACAGACCGAACAUUGAAGUUCCACUCUUACCAACACUGUAAAAAAUUGCUGUAAAUUUACGGCCAAAUUCCUACAGUAAUCUACUGUGAUUCUUAAAUACAGUAGUUUGCUGUUAAAAAUGUUGCAUUCUGGGAGAUCAAGAGCAGGCACACUGUGAAGUGACUAGUUUUACUGUAAAUAGCUGUUCUGUGCAAGGCAUUAGGGGAAAAUGAACAUUUAAAAUCACGAUAUCAUCUUGGUGAAAGCUAUAGUGACAUUUUGAAACGUAUAUUUUAAAAUGAUUUAUUCAGACUUAAUAGAAGUCUUAGUUUAAUUAGUGUUGUUGUUUUGUUAUCAAUAGUUGUAUUUUGAUUGAAGUCACCAUUAUGGUGAUUAGUGAUCUCUUGAGCUGGCACCUUGGACCUUCUUUUUUAUUAUAUUAUGUUCUUCCAGCCAGUCAAUUUACGUUUAAGUAAAACACAAGUUGUUGCACUGUGCUACUUGGAAAACAAAAUCUAAGGUCAGACUGAAUAUCUGAUCCUACCUUGCAAAUGGCACUAUAUAUGGUAAUAAUGAUGCAUUACACAUAAAAGACGUAAAAGCAAAAACAAUAAAGGAUUUUUCAGCAAAAUUGUAUCAGCAAAUUGAAUGUUUGAUGUUUUUGAUAGCUCGAGUUUGAUAAAGUUACAGCAUAAUUUGAGUUGUUAGCAAGACAUACAGAUAUCAACUCUCGGCAUACAAAACGCAACAGUGGUGACAAUUAACAAACAUACUUUUAUGUAAAUAAGUAAGAGCUGAACAUUAAAAUCCAAGUAACUUAGACUACAACAAAAACAACAUCAAAAUAAACCAGUAAAUAGUAAAAAAUCGAAGUAAUUUCUUCAUGCCACAGUGCAUGCUGGGAACAUAGCUGUUAAUUUCAACAACAGUAGAUAGUAUGUAAUUUGACAGCUAUAUGCUACUAAAUUACAGUUGUAUACUGUAGCUGUAAAAACAGUAUCUAGCUGUUAAUUUCAGCAACAGCAAGACACCAUUAAUUUUACAGUAACAUGCUGGCAACCCUGCUGGCAGUUCUUUACUGUUUUUUGACGGGAAAAUCUUUAAGAGUGAAGUUCAUCAAUAAGGGAUCAAAUUCUGUAUGUUUGUAUGGGAAUGCGUAGAAGAUGAAACCGUUUUAAGUCACAAAGCUUUUCACAUACCUCACAUUUAAAUAAAUACUGGGUUUAAAAAGGAUUGUUUAUCCUUUACACAAGUUAUAUUUACAAAAUGUAUUUCAAUAAGUGGGACUUUACACAUCUUACUGAAUGUAGCUCAACUGUCUGGAUUUUACCAGCUAUAUAUUUCACACCUGACGCAAGAAGAAUCAGACCUUCCAAAUAAAAUCCACAUAAACCCCCUCUGCAGUCCAGAACUCUGUCUUUGGUAAGAUAAAAAAUCCUCAAUGCCAUGGUUCUAUACAAACGCAUUAACAAACAGGCCAAUUGAUGACUCAUAGUUUGAUAGAUAUUGCAGUCAAUAAGCUAGACAUAUUAUACAUGCAUGCUUUUGAAUUUGGCUGUUACCUUCUGCUGCUCCAUUUUUAAAUCAAACUUAUAAUUUCCUCUCUCUACUUUGUGCAUUGUGCUCAUGUUUCCAAUUGGACAACAAUGUUCUUAUUUUUCAGAACACCUUAUGAAACAAAAAUUCUCAAUUCCAAUAGCCUAAUGUGGUCUAUAAAAACAAUGGUCUUUUUUCAUGUUUACUA